AUGUGGAGAAACGCAGUCGCCAUCGGCUCAAGCUUGGCGCAGUCUCUGUUUCACACGGAGGAGGUUGAAUGCUUCCCGCAUUCUGGGAUGCGGCGCCUUCUGCUUUGUCUGGGUCUGUUUUCAUGUGGGCUGGUGUUUCUCCUGCGGGGACGCCUGGAUGAGGUUAGAGCGGCUGUUCCGCAGCUGGAGCAGCUAGUUCCUGUUGACCUCCUGGUGCAGCUACAGGAUACUUGGCAGGGCUGGGAGAACUACACCAUCACUGUGGAACCCCAAGCGGUCAAGAAGCCGACCCUGGAAGAUGCGCUCAGGCAGCAUGCCGGCAUCUACUUGAACAAGUCUCACGCACCCGAGCUGAAGGAUGUUCUCCUGCUCACAGCUGCCAACUCUGGCUACCUAAACAUGCUGCAAAACUGGGAAUGUUUCGCCAAGAAGCUGGGAUUAGAUUGGUUCGUCAUUGCCAUGGACGAGAAUCUUCAUCGGACUCUGGGACCCGAGCGCAGCUUCCUCUCCCUCGGGGAGCAGCACGACUCCUCUGAAAGAUUUGGAACCGUAGGCUUCCGCACGGUGGCCUGCAAUAAGCUCCGAUCCAUUGCACACGUCCUGGCGGUGACGCAGCUGGAUCUCGUCUUCACAGAUAGCGACAACGUCUUCAAGACGGAUCCCUUCCUCCCAUCCCUCACCCUUGGAAGCAUGAUGCGGUCCGGGAAGUUCGAGUACAUCUAUGGGCGGAAGAUCCAGCCUCCUGGGCCGAGACCUGGGGAGUACCACGAGGAGCCUCCCAAAGCGAACACUGGCUUCUACUACGUCUCAGGUGCCCGAAAGCCACGGGUGGUGCAGAGCCUCUUCAACCUCAGUGUGGAGUGGUGCGAUCGCCGCCCUGGGCUCGAUGACCAAGAGAACUUCUGGGAUGCCUUGGCAACUAUUCGGAAGAAGAAGGCCCAUGAGAAAGGGUACAUAGGUUGCUUUCGCCACUGCGAGAAUGAGAAGUGCUCCGACGUGGAGGAGCUGUCGGUGUUGAAUUACUGCGACAUGAGUCCCUACGAGUAUGUGCUGGGCUCCGUCGAUCCUCGGCUCGCCCAGCAGGAGCCGUAUCACCUGGUGACGUACCACGCCACCCAUGUCUGGGGGAAGGAUCAGAAGAAGCAGAAGUUGCAGAAGGCCCAACUCUGGGACGACGUCUGCCAGCAAGCCGCGCAGGCGGCUUUGAACGCCUCGGCCACCGAAGCUUCGCACGUCUAA